CCCAGCGCAAGCCGAUUCCCCAAAACUGUCAAGUCGAAUUUCCGGCAGUUUCUGACCCCCCAUCCGACCUCCCGUCUACUAUCUCCCAUAAUCCCAAAUACCAGAUCAAACAAGCUUGCACCAUGGCGACCGCACCGGCAGCUACGCAGACGGCGAGCAAUGCGACUUUCAGGGACAAGGAGAAGCCCAUUGCCGUUCGCUCAUCCAACAUUGUCGCCGCCAGAGCCGUCGCCGAUGCCGUCAGAACGUCGCUGGGACCGCGGGGUAUGGACAAGAUGAUCAUGACUGGAAAGGGGGAGACCAUCAUCACCAACGACGGCAGCACAAUGUUGAAGAGCAUGUCGGUCAUGCACCCCACAGCCAAGAUGCUCGUCCAGCUGUCGCACGCCCAAGAUGUCGAGGCCGGUGAUGGCACAACCUCGGUCGUCGUCCUUUGCGGUAGCUUGCUCGGUGCCGCCGACAGGCUACUAGGCAAGGGCAUCCACCCCUCAGUCAUCUCCGAAGCUUUCCAAAGAGCCGCCGCCGCUGCCGUAGACGUCCUCCACGACAUGUCGCAACCCAUCUCCCUCACAGAUACCGCCUCGCUCCUUCAGGCCGCCAACACUUCGCUCUCCUCCAAGAUCGUGUCACAAUACUCCAACCUUCUCGGCCCCAUGGCCGUCAACGCAGUCACCAAGACGAUAGAUCUCAAGACCGCCGAGAAUGUCGACCUUAAGAACAUCCGCAUAAUCAAGAAGGUCGGCGGUACGAUCGAGGACAGCGAGCUGGUUGAUGGUCUCGUCCUUACACAGCCCGUCAUCAAGAGCGCUGGUGGUCCCGUCAGGAUGGAGAAGGCCAGGAUCGGUCUUAUUCAGUUCCAGCUCAGCCCUCCCAAGCCUGAUAUGGAAAACACCAUCUCCGUAAACGACUACCGCCAGAUGGACAAGAUCGUCAAGGAAGAGCGCACCUACCUCCUCAACAUGGUCAAGAAGAUCAAGAAAGCCAAGUGCAACGUCCUCUUCAUCCAGAAAUCCAUCCUCCGCGACGCCGUCAACGACCUGUCCCUGCACUUCCUCCAGCGCCUCGGCAUCCUCGCCGUCAAGGACAUCGAGCGCGACGAAGUUGAGUUCAUUUGCAAAUCGACCGGCUGCAAGCCCAUCGCCGACAUCGACUCCUUCACUGAGGACAAGCUCGGCAGCGCCGACCUGGUCGAGGAAGUCAACUCCUCCGGUUCCCGCAUGGUCAAGGUGACGGGUACCAAGUCCGCCGGCAAGACCGUGUCCGUCGUCGUCCGCGGCGCCAACAGCCUCAUCCUCGACGAGGCCGAGCGCUCCCUGCACGACGCCCUCUGCGUCAUCCGCUGCCUGGUCAAGAAGAAGGCGCUCAUUGCCGGUGGCGGUGCCGCCGAGAUCGAGAUCGCCUCGCAGCUGGCCAAGCAGUCGCGCGCCCUGAGCGGCACCGAGGCCAUCUGCUGGAAGGCGUUCGCGGACGCCAUGGAGGUGAUCCCGACGACGCUGGCGGAGAACGCUGGCUUGAACAGCAUCAAGGUGGUGACGGACCUGCGCCACAGGCACGAGAACGGCGAGAAGAAUGCCGGUGUCAGCAUCAAGAGCGGUGGUGUCAACCCGAAUAUCGCCAAGGAGAAUGUCCUGCAGCCAUUGCUGGUCAGCACAAGCGCGAUCGAGCUGGCGGCGGAGACGGUGAAGAUGAUUCUCAGGAUUGACGAUAUUGCUCUUAGCAGGUAGAUGUACUGAAGGUUACAAGGGAAGACAAAAAAAGAAAGAAAG